CAAUAUAAACAAUAAUCAGCUGUUCGGAUUGAGGGGGUUUAAUGGUCGGUAUACAGGAUGUAUUUAAAGGGCGUACUUCAGAUUUAAAUGACUGCCUUGAUCCGAAAAGAAAUCACUGAUAUCCAGUUCGGAUUGAAGGGGUUUGUUGGACGGUAUGCUGAGAGUCGGCGCAAAUCAUAAAAAAUUAAASGUUUACUUCAGAUCGGAAGAACAUCAAUAUUAUCCUGUUCGGAUUGAGGGUCCGGAGUGUUGGUCGGUUUGCUGAAAGUCGGGUAUCUAUGGAUAUAAAGGGCUUACUUCAGAUUAAAGACUGCCAAGUCGGAAGGACAUCGCUAUUGUCCGCCACUAAUCCCACAUAGACACAGGCCUUUGUUAUUCACAUAUAAAGUUCUUAUCGUCUUGACAUCACUCUUAAUAAAUUAUAAUAACUCAUGGAAACACGACUCAAAACUCCACCAAAAAUCAUCUCUAACUUAACAGAAAGCCGAUAAGAAACUUUCACAAACUCAUUUGGAAGUUGAAUUAUAAAGGAAGUUAUUAUGAAGGGAAGCUGUUGUGACUGGACUGUAGUUGUGAUAGGAUUGUGAUGGAUAGCUCUACUUCAGAAGAAGAUGCAGCUUCGUCUAUAUCAUCAGGGAAGAAAGCGGUACGCUUUGAUUUGAACGACGAAGUUUUCGAAAUCCCAAACAAAUGGGACCGUCUAAGUACAACACGAACAGCAGCAAGAAGAAACAAACUAGUCGAAGAGGURUACAAAAAUACUAAGAGAAAAGAUUCAGAUCRUCGUGGAGGCAAAAGCAAACAAAACAAGAUUAAAAAAGUUAAGAAAACUUCAAGGAAAACAGACCACAAAAGUCKWGAUUCUGUGAGAACGUUAAGUAGUCCUUCAAGCCAAGUUUUAUCUUUAGAUUGCUCAGUUUUAUCCACACAAAAAGGRGUUGCUUCCACUUCGAAGAACUCAGCUGUUCAUGGCAGGUCAAAGACUAGUCCUGAAGUCAAACUAAAGCUGUCACAYCGAGGCUCAGUGCCUUCAAGUGAUGUUGUCUUACCUAAGAUAAGCUACAGUUCMGACCUAAAGAAAGCAAUUGAAAACGCCGUGGUUAGGAACCGGGUAWCAGAAAUUGGAGGGACUUUGAACUCWUAUAAAGACCGCUAUAGAAUCUCACCACAAGAUAUUUUCACAGACUUUAGACGAUCAAGCGAGGAGUUUACUAGUACAAAACCUCCAUUCCCAAACCCUCCGCCUAGCAGAUGCUCAAGCUCAGACGAGUCAAGUUACUCGACGAAGARAGAAAAGCGUUUGGUCRCGUUACCCGAGCAUGAGCCAAAGUUUAGUGAACUUUCCAGAGAUGUUGAGAGUUGGAUACCAUUCCCAGGAAGACAAAAYAAAGAUCACCAGCAGAGAAAGUCAAAGAAAACUACUGAUAAUCAG